AUUUGAAAAUGGCGAUCAAAACAAACAGAAUGUGAAAAUAUAUUUUUACGCCUUUAAAAUUAAUCUUAGAGUUUGAUGGAGAACAUUUUUGAAUAAUAAGUGAUGAGUAAGGCAAGAUCAAGACCACGUAAAGAAGAGUUGUCAGGAGAAAGUGAUUUGGACUCAACAAUCACACCUAUCAAUGCAGCCACCGAUAACAGUCAGGGUCAUAUUAUAGAAUCAGAUAGUCUCUCUGACUUCUACCUCCAUGAAGUCAGUGGUAAACAUCGCAGGAGAAAGCAGCGUCAUCAUAAAACCAAGGAACAGUACGAAUCAGAAGAGGAAGGAUAUCAAAACAUCAGCAAUGAGAAUGUCAGAGAUAUUUACAAAGAGCUACAAGUCAUUAGUGAAAAGCUAAAGGCAGAGAACAGAAACCUUCAUGAGCGAGAGCAAAAGUUAAAGGAGAGGGAGCGGAUGGUAUCUAUUUCUUCUCAAAAUAUACAGACCAUUGCACAACAUGAAAUCAAACAUAAACUACAAGCCGUGGAGGAGAAACACAAGGCAGAGAUAUUUAGAUUAGAAACUUUACUAAGGGAGAAGAGUAAAGAAAACAAAAGAUUGAAGGAUAACUUUGAAACACUGAAGCAAGCAAAUGAUGCACUUAAAAAAGAGUUUGAGACCCUACAAAGCCAGCAUGAAAAGUUGGAAAAGCAGGCAGUCACUGUUCAAGCCAGACUGACUAACUUGCAGAGGAAGCAGGAGUUUGAUCAGAGACAGAAGGAGAUGGAAGUGGCAGCCAUGUCUGUCGGGAAUGCUGUCCCCAAACAAAAACCGAAAGACGCUGAAGACAAAACAAAACAGAAAGUUCAAAAGACUGCGGCUUGUUUUGAUGUGACUGGAGUUUUACUGGACUGGGUCAGUGAUGCUCACCUGAGAUGUGCCGUGUCAGAUCUCCCAGGAAAACCAUUCGAACGCUUCCUCUCUCCAGAAUAUCUCCAAGAAAAAAUCAUGAAGAUCCUGCCUUCAGCUGUAGAUAUGUUAAGGGAGUUUCCAGGACAGAAUUUAAAGAUAUCUCUCCCUUGUAUUCAGUUUAUUUACUGGGCUCUAGUGCACAUUGAGAACUGUGCAGGACAGCAGAAGAGUGGAUUAUCGUCCACACUGCGACGGUUAGGAGAGGAGCUGUACAGAGCUAAAACGGUGCGAUUUUCUGAGUCAGAGAAAAGUCCAUCAGAAUUUAGUCCCUCUUCUCCUGUCAAACUGGACAAGUCAAAGGAAGGCAUUUACUUCCGCAGCCAGAAUCUCCAUGUCCGACUCCUGUCUUCUCUCCUCAUUCUGAAAACUCUUAGCCAAGUUGAUCUUCUGGCUCAUGUGUUUGAUGUUUUAAGAAAUGACCUGAAGUCUGACAUUGCCAAAGAACUUUUCUUAUACUACCAAGCCACACCUGUGGUUCUUCAGUACCUCAAACCAGUAAACAAGACUUUUAUGGGAUCAGCGAUGGAUAUCUUUCUACAAAUGUCCACGGACUCACCCUUUCAGCAGCCAUUCCUUGAGAUGUGUAGUAACGAGAACUGGUUCAGGACAAUAGCCAUGGUGCUGAGAGCUCCCAGUCAGGACAGCAAACUAUUGGAAAAACUCAGCAUCAUCCUACAGAAACUCUCAAAAAUCAGGUGUAACAGGAAGUACUUUGAGGUGUACACCAUUGUUGGUAUCAUCCAGGAACUUCUGCGAGGCUGUCCAACUGACCAAGCUUUUCUGGCCCUCAACCUGAAGUCAAUUCUCUUCAAUCUGACCUCAGGGGCUGCACAGUGAUUAACAUUCCAGUCCAAAAGUUCAAUCAUCCGUGACCUUCACAUUCCGUCCUAUUUAUAGAUUUGUGUUCACAAGGAGAGCCAGUUUUAGCUGACCACCAAUAUUCAGUAUUUGUUUGUAAUUUAUAAGGUCUGAAGUUAUAAUCUGUUGUUUAUGAAUGAAGAUGUCACCUAU